AUGUCGCUUUCCUCUGAAGUGCGCGACCAGUACAUCGAGAUUAUCGACUCCAUUCUCGGCAAAAGCGAUCUCAACACGAUCUCCGAGAAGCGGAUCCGGAAAGGGCUACAGGAUGUCGUCGGCUACGACCUCACUCCGCAAAAGGCUACCAUCAAACAGCUCAUCAUGGAACGGUUUGAUCUCUACGCUAAGCGGAAUGGGGUCGGCGCAUCGCCCGAAGCGCCCACCUCCAGCAACGGUCAGAGAGACGGAGACUCGGUUUCCGCUGCGGUGACAUCUCCACCACCGUCAACCUCGCCCGUGAAGCGGGAUGCGGACAGCGAAGAAAGGUUCGAGCCUACCAGUACUUCGCCACCGACCAAGAAGCGAAAGCCAGAUACCGAUGUCGACGCAGACGCGGUUUUUGCGGCCAAGUUGCAGGCCGAAGAGAACCUGCGCGCGCGGCCCACCAGAGGUGGCAACACACGGCGUGCGCCUCCCACCAAGAAGAAAACCAAGACUAAGACCUCAAAGAGAGUUAAGGCAGAAGAUGAUUCGGACAUUGACUCGGGCUCGGAGACCAAGAAAGAGGUCAACCGGUCUGGGGGGUUCCAUAAACCGCUCAACCUUUCACCCGCCCUAUCUGCACUCUUGGAUGGCGAAAUAACGCUGUCCCGGCCACAAACGGUCAAGAAGGUAUGGCAAUAUAUUCGAGAGAAUAAUUUGCAGGAUCCGAGUGACCGCCGGCAAAUUCGAUGCGACGAUGCCAUGCGGGCUGUGUUCAAACAGGACCGGGUCCACAUGUUUACUAUGACCAAAAUCCUCAACCAGAACCUGUACAGCCCGGACGAAUAG